AUGGUGAGUGCCUCAUUGGGACAGACAAUUGCUUUGGUUAUGGAAAGAGUGGCCACAACGUUAGGAAUUGACCUAAUUCAAAGAGGUCAGCAAGAGACUUCUCGUGAUGUGGUGACCGAUAUGUUGAAAGUCAAUUCAAUUGAUGUAUAUGCUUUACCUGAUCCUGGUGACACCUUGUUAUUUGUUACUCCUUUAGUAUCUAAAACGUUUGACAUUUUGCUACCCAGCAAUUGUGAGUUUUGGUUGAGGUCGGUAGCAGUUCUUGGUCCUAUCAUCUCUAGUGAAGGUGUAGAGGUUGAUCCAAGCAAGAUCGAAGCGGUGAAUAUUUUGCCUAGACCUUUGGAUCCUACGGAUAUUAAGAGUUUCCUAGGGAUGGCCGGUUAUUAUAGAGGGUUUGUUGACGAGUUUGCAUCUCUUGCCUCUCCUUUUAAACCUUGA